AUGGAAAGAAAACCAGAAUGGCUACAAAAACAUAUAUUUGGAAACGAGCUUAUUCCAUAUGGACAAGCUCUGUUUGAAGAGCUUGAACCGGAAACUCAGGAAAGAGUCAUGCAAACAAUACGCGAAGACUCAAAUACAAACUAUGACAAAAUCUUUCUAGGAUAUAGGUUACCUGAGAUGGGCGACCAGAGCCCAAAGGCAAAAAGGACAUGGGAAAUUUACAACAUACUAGGUGAACAUGAGGCAAAGAUGCAACAACUUGAAGCAGAGGGCAAGUUACCAAAAGCGACACCAAAGAAGAAGAGAAGAGUAGAACAAAGUGAAAGUAGUGAAGAACAAAGUGAAAGUAGUGGCAAUGAAGGAAAAAGAAGAGUUAAAAACUCAGUCAGGAAGAAAGUAAAGCUUGGUCCACGUGGGUUCUAUUAUGACACAUAA